GCAUCAGCUCCCGAGGGGUUUUGAACAAAUUUCCUCGAUACAACACUGGCCCGGUAGGUUCUACAGAUUGAAAUGUCGAACGGGUAUGAUCGUGUCUCUGGCCAGCGGGGCCGAGGAAAGCUCAAGUAUGUCAUCGCCGGGGUCGCAGGGUUAAUGCUGGUGGCCUGCAUAAUCGGUGUGGCAGUCCAGUCGAGCAAAGGCGGGGAUGGCAAGUCAAACCAGGGUCAAGGCAGCGGCCAGGUAUCUCAAUCGAUGAAGGCGGUCCAGGCUAUUUGUCAGCCGACGGACUAUAGGGAAACCUGCGUCAAUGCCCUGUCAGCCGCAGCGGGAAACACCACCGACCCCAAGGAGCUAAUGAGGACCGGGUUCCAGGUUGCAACCGACCGGAUCAGAGGGGCGAUAAAGAAUUCCUCAGUGGUGAGGGAGCUCGCAAAGGACCCAAUGGCUCAAAAGGCAGUCGAUGUCUGUGAGGCGCUCCUCAACUCCUCCAUCGAUGAUCUCCAGAUGUCGUUUGAGAGGUUAGGUGCGUUUGACAUCACCAAGCUCGAUCAGUAUACAGCAGACCUCAACGUCUGGCUCAGCGGGGCGUACACCUUCCAGGAAAGCUGCUUGGAUGCAUUCGAGAACACAACAGGCGAUGCUGGAGAGAAGAUGAAGCAGAUUUUGAAGACAUCAAGAGAACUUACGAGCAACGCGAUGGCAAUGGUCUCCCAGAUAUCCACGAUCGUUGGCUCACUGAAUGUAUCUGCAAUAGGAAGGCGCUUGAUGUCCGAGGAUACAAGAAAUGGCGAAAUCCCAAACUGGGUAGACAACAGAGGGCGGAUGCUCCUUGCAGCCACCCCGGCAAAUAUAAAGCCCGAUGUGAUCGUGGCCAAGGAUGGGAGCGGCAAGUAUAAAACAAUCGGCGAGGCCUUGAAAGAUGUCCCCCCCAAGAACACGAAGAACUUUGUGAUAUACAUAAAGGAAGGAGUGUAUGCAGAGAGGGUGCUAGUCGAUAAGAACAUGGCUAACGUCAUGAUGAUUGGGGAUGGCCCGAAGAAGACCAUAGUCACAGGGCAUUUAAAUUUUGUCGACGGGGUCCAGACGUCCGCCACUGCAACUUUCACGGCAAUGGGACCCAAUUUCAUAGCGAAGGACAUGGCGUUUGAGAACACUGCCGGAGCCAUAAAGCACCAGGCAGUCGCUCUCCGCGUUCAGUCGGACAAGUCCAUCUUCUACAACUGCGAGAUGAACGGGUACCAGGACACGCUCUACACGCACGCCCAUAGGCAGUUCUACCGGGACUGCACCAUCUCUGGCACGAUCGACUUCAUCUUCGGGGAUGCCCUGGCCGUCCUCCAGAACUGCAAGAUGAUCGUCCGGAAGCCCAUGGAGAACCAACAGUGCAUCGUCACCGCCUCAGGUAGGGGAGAAAGACACUCUGCAUCCGCGAUCGUCUUCAUGAACGCCACCAUUACUGGUGAUCCAGAGUACAUUCCUGUCAUGGACCAGAACCCGGCCUACCUCGGACGGCCCUGGAAGAACUACUCCAGGACUAUCAUCAUGCAAUCCGACAUAGACAAUAUAAUCCAGCCUCAAGGAUGGUUGCCCUGGGCAGGUUCCCUCUACCUCAACACGUGCUUCUACGCUGAGUACCAGAACAGGGGGCCCGGCUCGGACACGUCCAAGAGAGCGACCUGGAAAGGGGUCAAGAAGAUCUCGCCUCAACACAUCCUCGACUUUACGCCCAAGAUAUUCUUCAAGGGUGAUGAUGCCUGGAUUACCGCCAGCGGAGUGCCAUACAGUCCUGGCCUGAUGAAAGUGUAGGAGCCUUGGUACGGCGAUGGAGGAGAAACCAAUCUCUUCUCCGAAACGUAUUUUGUAAAGUCGCAUGAUUGUCCCUUUCCUAGAUGCUCUAACGGUAUCCAAGCAAAUGCUUGGGAAAGGAUUAGAUUUGUACAGUAAUAUGAAUAUUAUUCUUUGUAAGAAACAAAGGGAAAAAAAAAAACUUGUACUAUAAAGGGAUGUAGAAUUAUACCGGUGAGAAAAGACGAUGUUGAAAUGGAUUUCAAUUUU